AAUAUAUAAUCCCUAGAGAGUGCAGUACAUUAUUCCCAGUUUUUUUAGUACAGCAUCCUCGAGACUACAGUACAUUACCUCCAAUAAAUAGUCCAUUGCUGACAGAUUUGGCAGGACCUGACCACAGCUAAGGCCCGCCUCUUCACAUUGAUUGAUGAUGUCUGCACCAAUCAGCGGUUCUGAUCCCACCUACCGCCACUGAUUGACAGGCGGCGCGGUGACCCGGAACUGGAUGUUUGCAAGCGCUGACUCCAAGUGCCGUGGCUGCCACAGCAACGGGUAAGCGGCAUGGACAAACGAUGGGAGGCGCGCCCACCACGUACACUUCCACCUGUGCCAAGCAGCAAAGCUAAAGAUGUAUCUAUAAACAAAACUAGAAAGAAAAAAUCCAGUGCGAGCAACGGAGUAGACACAUUGGUGACUUCAACUGGGCGACGCCAUUCUGAAAGUAUAGAACCCCUUACCCCAGACCUUCAGGAUACUGCUCCAAAGAAGAAAAAGAAGAAAAAAAAACUAUCAGCAGAAACUGAAUUGGAAACCUCCUUCACCCAGCAGAAUGCUUCUGAUGUGUGCAAUUUCUACACUGGACCGGAUGAUGAAGUUUCUCGGAAAAUCAAGAAGAGAACCAAGAGAACACGGCCUGCUGGCUACAGCAAUGAACUUGAAGUGGAAGAAGAGGACAUUAUCGGUGAGGGGCAGGUUCCCCGGCCCCAAGGUCCUAUUUUUGCUAUAUCAGCUGGUUCCAGCCAGCCUGUGGACAAAGUCUUUCUGGAACGAAGCCGUCGAUUUCAGGCCACAGACAGGUUGGAGAUACAGAAAUCUGCUGAGCAGGUUGAUGUGUACAUGGAGGUCAAGCCCACCUUGACAACCAGAGAUGUCUCUUUACAGGUACACCGUGGAUUUAGGAUAAUUGGGCUUUUCUCACAAGGGUUUCUGUCUGGAUACAUGGUGUGGAAUAUCAUUGUAGUUUAUGCACUGUCAGGUAACAAUUUCUCUGAACUCCCAAAUCUACUGCAACAAUACAGCAUGUUGGUCUACCCAGGACAGUGUCUCCUGUACAUGCUGCUUGCCAUCAGCACUGUCUCUGCAUUUGACAGGGUUAAUUUAGCUGAUGCAGCAAUGGCAGUGCGUAGAAUUGUGACGCUGGAUCCUGCUGCAUUGGCCUCUGUCUUGUACUUCAUAGCUCUGGUAUUAUCACUGAGCCAGCAGAUGCCCAGUGACAGGCUUAACAGACACCGAUUCACAAAAGAAUCCAAUUUCACUCUUUGGCCUUCUGGAUCAGAGUUUCAGAUUCUGCACCCUUGGGUUGUAGUGAACCUUGUAGUGAGCAUCUUGGUUGGACUGGCCUGGAUCUUCCUGUCAUAUCAUCCUACGCUUGACUAUACUGAAGAAUCAGAGUUUGCAUCACACAUGAAUGACAUUGGUGCACCUGAUGAGAAAAUUAAAGCUCAAGCAUAAAAUAUGAGCCUUUAAUACUGAAGGUGCGUGGAGCAUUACAUCAGAAUGGUCUGGCUACAAGGGACUUUAAAUUCCUUUUUGUUUGGUUUUGUGUGAUGAAGAUUGUAUGGUGCAGAUGUCCAUGCUUAUGCUUUCGUCCGAAGUCAAUUUUCAUCUCUGUUGGAUAGAAGUUGAAAGGGUGUCCACAUCACACAUUUAUGUUCCAGUAUGAAUAGUCCAGUGGAUGUCAGUCGACCUUUGAAGCUACGAAAAGUUCCUUCUGAAAAUUGGAUCAACAUAUAUGUUGAGUAUGCUACAGUGGGUGGCCUCCAUCUGUGUUUGCUGUGACUCUUUUGUGUAGGUGUGUCUUAAAUUUUUGUGCAUCUUUGCAACAAAAGCCUGAAUCGCCUGCUCAAUCUCUUGCACCCAGAUGUAAGAUACCAGUAAGAAUAAACAUUCUCUUGUGGAGUAAAAAUUGAGGCUGACUACUAAGACAAGUGGGCGGCACGGUGGCACAGUGGUUAGCACUGCUGCCUCACAGUGCUAGAGACCCGGGUUCAGUUCCCGCC